GGUGGAGGAACCAUUGCUACAAUAAGAGGUGUUUUUGAUCCCAAAUACACUGACUUUGAUAUCUUGAAUGCUGAUGCUGUGAAUGGUCAGAUGGAUCUUGAGAUAGUAAACGCUCAGUACGAAGAUGAAGGGACAUAUUUAUGUGAGAUUAAUGCUGAUUUAUCUGAUCCGGCAACACUUACUGUGGAAGCUCAAGUAACAAGUGUGACAAUCACAGUAAAUGGAGCAUCUGGUUCACCCGUUGAUGUGAUGGCUGGUGAGGAACAAACGCUUGUCUGCACAGCCUUUGGUGCCAGACCGCGUGUAGGAAUAGACUGGACCAAUGAUGGGACCAGUCUCUCUGGUGAUACUGAGGCAGAAAGUGUCAAUGGAGAUACAACUGAUACUAUUAGCACUCUCCUAUACACUCCAACUAGGAAUGAUAAUGGUCAUCAGUUUAGAUGUGAAACAACAGGACAGGAAGCUGCAACACCUCAAUCACAAUCAGUCACCCUCAAUGUGCAGUUUGCCCCAGUUGAUGUAAUGGCAGAGUACAGUCAAGGUACAAUUACCUGUUCAUCCACUGCUAACCCAACCGUAGCUAACAACCAGUAUGUCAUCACUCUGACUGACACAGAGACAUCGAAUGGGAAGACAUUGACCUAUGAUCCUGAGAUGAAUGGCUGUACAUCAGUCAAGUGUACCGCUACCAAUGCCAUAGGAACAGCAACUCGCUCGCUAGCAGAACAUCUAUGUCCGGGUAUAUAA